AUGCGAUUCCUCACAACCGUUCUCAUUCUUCUAGGUUUGAUCUUUACAAGUCAGGCAGUUAAGCUCAAUCUUAAAUCUAAAGCUGUAUCAAUUGAGAAACUCUAAUAAUCAGACUAGUUGAGAAUCAUCGCUUAAUUCACUGAUUGUGAUAGCGUCUGCACUUUUUACGUAUUAGUUCAAAAUUAAGAUGGGAACUAGCAUUUUAAAGCAUGUCCAUCUAUCCUUCAUAGUUGCAAUAGAUAUUGGGAAUGUAAAGGCCUUUAACUUCCUGAUCUAGAUAAUCCAUGUUGGAAAAAUGACUGA